AUGAGCGCCUUUUGGCCGGAUUCGAACGAGACGGCCUCGACAAGAAUGUUGCAGCGCAGCCAAUCGCCAACUGGUCAAGACGAAUCCGUUGAUGGUCGUCUUCCGGCGGGACCGGGCUUCGAAAUGGAGACAAGCGCAACGACGCUGAACCAAGAGACGCCUCGAAGGACCACUUUCUUUCUCACCUGCAAUGACAUUCCUGUCGAGGGGACGUCCUCGAAAGCCGGACGCCCUUCGAGUCCCCACAAAUGGGCUGUUUGCGCCACCCUCUGA